UUCAGCUACCAUCCGCCCGACCACGCCGUCCCAAGUCCCAACCCCGGCGAGUUCCAGUCCACCUACCAAAAUUGCUCGACGGACCAGGCGGGAGAAGCCAUCCAAACUCACUCCCCGACCGACGGCGGCAUGGAGCAAGAGAAUCCCGCGGCGGAGGUGGCCACGGCGAGGAACAGGAAGGUGGUGCUGCGGGAGUACAUCAGCCGCGCGCCGAGGGAGGACGACAUGCUGCUCGUCGACGGCGGCGCCGUGCCGCUGCGCGUCCCCGACGGCGCCGCCGGCCCGGCCGUGCUGGUGAAGAACCUCUACCUCUCCUGCGACCCCUACAUGCGCGGCCGGAUGCGGGACAACCACAACUCCUACAUCCCCCCGUUCAAGCCCGGAUCGGUUAUAGAAGGGCUGGGCGUGGCGAGAGUGGUGGAUUCCACUCACCCGGGGUUCAGCGCGGGCGACAUUGUUUCGGGAAUGACUGGCUGGGAGGAGUACAGCCUGAUCGAAAAGCCUGAGCAGCUGAAUAAGAUCCAGCAAAGUGACAUACCACUCUCGUAUCAUUUGGGGCUUCUGGGUUAG